AUGGACCUGAGGGAUUUUUACCUGUUGGCUGCUCUGAUUGCCUGUUUAAGGCUGGAUUCUGCAAUAGCUCAAGAACUUAUUUACACUAUUAGAGAGGAAUUGCCUGAAAAUGUGCCCAUAGGAAACAUACCAAAGGAUCUGAACAUUUCUCACAUCAAUGCUGCCACAGGGACCAGCACUAGCCUUGUCUACAGACUGGUUUCUAAAGCUGGGGAUGCCCCUUUGGUGAAAGUAUCCAGUAGCACUGGCGAAAUUUUCACGACCUCCAAUAGAAUAGACAGAGAAAAACUCUGUGCUGGAGCCUCUUAUGAUGAGGAGAAUGAGUGUUUCUUUGAACUUGAGGUGGUGAUCCUCCCCAAUGAUUUUUUCAGGCUGAUCAAAAUUAAAAUAAUUGUCAAGGAUACCAAUGAUAAUGCCCCCAUGUUUCCAUCUCCUGUCAUCAAUAUUUCCAUCCCAGAAAACACUUUGAUCAACAGCCGCUUUCCAAUUCCAUCAGCAACAGAUCCUGACACAGGCUUCAAUGGUGUACAGCAUUAUGAAUUGUUAAAUGGGCAGAGUGUUUUUGGACUGGAUAUCGUGGAAACUCCGGAAGGAGAGAAGUGGCCACAAUUGAUUGUUCAGCAAAACUUGGACAGAGAACAGAAAGAUACCUAUGUGAUGAAAAUCAAAGUAGAGGAUGGAGGCACUCCACAGAAAUCCAGCACAGCCAUACUGCAGAUCACAGUAAGUGAUGUAAAUGACAACAGGCCAGUGUUUAAAGAGGGUCAAGUGGAGGUGCACAUUCCAGAGAAUGCUCCCGUAGGCACCUCUGUAAUUCAGCUCCAUGCCACUGAUGCAGAUAUAGGCAGUAAUGCUGAAAUCCGGUACAUUUUUGGUGCCCAGGUCGCCCCUGCAACCAAAAGACUCUUUGCUUUAAAUAAUACUACUGGGUUGAUUACAGUUCAGAGGUCCUUAGAUCGAGAGGAGACAGCCAUUCACAAAGUGACAGUGCUGGCCAGUGAUGGCAGCUCCACUCCCGCUCGAGCAACGGUUACCAUCAAUGUUACUGAUGUAAAUGAUAACCCUCCAAACAUAGACCUCAGGUACAUUAUAAGUCCCAUCAAUGGCACAGUGUAUUUGUCUGAGAAAGAUCCUGUCAAUACAAAGAUCGCCCUAAUUACAGUUUCAGAUAAGGACACAGAUGUGAAUGGCAAAGUGAUCUGUUUUAUUGAAAGAGAGGUCCCGUUUCAUUUGAAGGCAGUAUACGACAACCAAUAUUUGUUAGAGACCUCCUCUUUGUUGGACUAUGAGGGCACCAAAGAAUUCAGCUUUAAAAUUGUUGCCUCUGAUUCUGGGAAGCCCAGUUUAAAUCAGACUGCUCUGGUAAGGGUUAAGCUUGAGGACGAAAAUGACAACCCACCAAUUUUCAACCAGCCUGUAAUUGAGCUGUCAGUUUCUGAAAACAACCGACGUGGGUUGUACUUAACAACUAUUAGUGCCACAGAUGAAGACAGUGGGAAAAAUGCAGAUAUUGUUUAUCAGCUUGGACCGAAUGCCUCCUUCUUUGAUCUGGACCGAAAGACAGGAGUUUUGACAGCCUCCAGAGUCUUUGACAGAGAAGAACAAGAAAGAUUCAUUUUUACAGUAACUGCCAGGGACAAUGGGACCCCUCCCCUACAAAGCCAAGCGGCUGUGAUAGUUACUGUUCUGGAUGAGAAUGACAAUAGCCCCAAGUUUACUCAUAAUCAUUUUCAAUUUUUUGUGUCUGAGAAUCUGCCAAAGUAUAGUACCGUGGGGGUAAUCACAGUGACAGAUGCAGAUGCUGGAGAGAAUAAAGCUGUGACUCUUUCCAUUUUAAAUGACAAUGAUAAUUUUGUGUUGGAUCCCUAUUCUGGAGUCAUAAAGUCAAAUGUCUCAUUUGACAGAGAGCAGCAGAGUUCCUACACUUUCGAUGUCAAAGCCACUGAUGGGGGACAACCACCCCGUUCCUCUACUGCAAAAGUAACUAUAAAUGUCAUGGAUGUCAAUGACAAUAGUCCAGUUGUCAUUUCGCCACCUUCUAAUACUUCUUUUAAGUUGGUGCCUCUCUCAGCCAUUCCUGGCUCCGUGAUAGCAGAAGUUUUUGCAGUGGAUAUUGACACUGGGAUGAAUGCUGAACUUAAGUAUACAAUUGUGAGUGGGAACAACAAAGGCCUGUUUCGGAUUGAUCCAGUAACAGGUAACAUCACUCUGGAAGAAAAACCAGCACCUACUGAUGUGGGCUUGCACCGAUUGGUGGUCAACAUAAGUGACCUGGGAUACCCUAAGUCUCUGCACACACUUGUGCUUGUUUUUCUUUAUGUUAAUGACACUGCUGGCAAUGCCUCCUAUAUCUAUGACUUGAUUCGCAGGACUAUGGAGACCCCAUUGGACAGGAACAUAGGUGAUAGCAGCCAACCCUAUCAAAACGAGGACUAUCUCACCAUCAUGAUUGCCAUUGUCGCAGGUGCCAUGGUGGUCAUCGUCGUGAUCUUCGUCACCGUUCUGGUGCGCUGUCGCCAUGCAUCAAGAUUCAAAGCAGCUCAGAGGAGCAAGCAAGGUGCCGAAUGGAUGUCCCCCAACCAGGAGAACAAACAAAACAAGAAAAAGAAAAGGAAGAAAAGAAAGUCUCCCAAGAGCUCUCUUUUGAACUUUGUUACCAUCGAAGAGUCCAAACCCGAUGAUGCAGUUCACGAACCCAUCAAUGGGACAAUAAGCCUGCCGGCUGAGCUGGAAGAGCAAAGCAUAGGUAGAUUUGACUGGGGUCCGGCACCUCCAACCACCUUCAAGCCGAACAGCCCUGACCUGGCCAAGCACUACAAAUCCGCUUCUCCACAGCCCGCUUUCCAUCUUAAACCAGACACUCCGGUUUCUGUGAAAAAGCAUCACGUGAUUCAGGAGCUCCCGUUGGAUAACACCUUUGUCGGGGGUUGUGACACCCUUUCCAAACGCUCUUCCACUAGUUCAGAUCACUUCAGUGCCUCAGAGUGCAGUUCCCAAGGAGGCUUCAAGACAAAGGGCCCCUUACACACCAGACAGUGUAACUCACACAGCAAAAGUGACAAUAUUCCUGUCACUCUUCAGAAAUGUCCCAGCUCUGUGGGUUUCCACAUUCAGGAGAAUGAAGAAAGCCAUUAUGAGUCGCAGCGCCGGGUUACCUUUCAUCUCCCUGACGGCUCCCAGGAAAGCUGCAGUGACAGUGGUCUAGGAGACCACGAGCCGGUGGGUAGUGGAACCCUGAUCUCACACCCUCUUCCUCUGGUUCAGCCACAGGACGAAUUCUAUGACCAGGCCUCUCCGGACAAGAGGACUGAAGCAGAUGGCAACUCUGAUCCCAACUCUGAUGGGCCUCUGGGCCCCCGAGGAUUAGCUGAAGCUACAGAGAUGUGCACUCAAGAGUGCUUGGUUUUGGGUCACUCUGAUAACUGCUGGAUGCCUCCUGGCUUGGGUCCCUAUCAACACCCUAAAUCACCUCUCUCAACCUUUGCACCCCAGAAAGAAUGGGUCAAGAAGGACAAGCUUGUGAAUGGGCACACCCUGACCAGAGCCUGGAAAGAAGAUAGCAACAGGAACCAGUUCAAUGACCGUAAGCAGUAUGGUUCCACCGAAGGCCAUUUCAACAAUGGCAGCCACAUGACAGACAUUCCUCUGGCAAAUCUGAAGUCUUAUAAGCAAGCAGGAGGUGCUAUUGAGAGUCCUAAGGAGCACCAACUCUAA